UUAUCAGUCGCGAAAACAUGGCGGCCAGCGAUUACUACAGCCGUGCUACAGUGAUAACGUACCCUUGACGCAGAGCUAACGUGAUCUCAACGAUUAAUAAUAGCACUCGGAACUCCGAUGGGAUAUAAAUACCCCGCCACGCUCCUAGGUCAUUAACGCUGCAAGUGCAAGAUGGGAGUGCCCAUGAUCAAUAAAUGCUGCUACUGCGCCACCCUCCACACAGGAACCUUGAUUAUAGGAUAUGUUUAUUCCGUAUGGGCGUUACUAGAACUGACAAUAUACUGCCUGCUGGUGACGCUGGCCCCUCUCGGCAAAGAUGGGAACGUGUCGAUGCACAAAUAUGUGUUCUACGUGACUGCAGCCUGUGUCAGCGGGACACAUCUCAUCUGUUCUGUGCUCCUGGUAGUCGCCGCUUAUAAGAAACUAGCAUCCCUAACGUUGCCGUGGACGAUAGUGACGGGGAUCAUCACGGCGAUAUACUUCCUGCUGUCCUUCACCGGCAUCAGCCUGGUGCUGCAGGACGAGGGGGAGAUGCUGGAGGUCGAGGCCGUCGUCAUCUUCAUACACCUCGCUAGGUCAUUUAUCUCAGUAUACUGCAUCGUGGUGGUGCACAGCCGACACAAACAGAUCAUGCACGAGGAGGACGAGACCAGGUUCCAGCACUCUGGGCGCAUCUACCACCCUGUCAGCGUGAAGGUGGAAGACCACGUCCUAUAGACUAAUAUGAAUAAUAGCCAAGUAUAGGUACCUAUAACCAAUGUUACCAGAACAUUUGCUAAGCUUUUAGUUUGCAUUUAUUUACAUGCAUAAACGCAAAUUAAUUAAGUAAAUAUAUAAAUGCUUAAGUGUUUCUCAUACCUACUGUUUUUAAGGUGUCUGGAGACGUGUAUUUAAACUUUUAAUAGUCUAGUGUACCUUGUGUGUGAACUAUAUUAAAAAUACCUGCAUUUUUUAAGGUAAAUAGGUAAUUAUUGUAAAGUGCAAAUGAUUGUACCUAAAAAGUAUUUGUGAUAGCAAAAUUAUUAUACUUAAACGAAUUUCUAGUACCUAAAUACUUAUAUGAUUAAAUAAAGUAUGUACCUUCGUGCGUAAGUAGUUUUAAGAAAAUAGUGAGAUUGUAACAAUGCAAGUUCCUGUGAAUCAAUGUAACGAAUGUGUACAAAGUAUCCGUAUCUCACAAUCAUAAGUAUUUUGUAAGUACCUUAAUAAAUUAUUUCAUUGUUAAGGGCUC